UUAUGAGUCAAGGGGAGAUAAUAAAAAACAUGGAUAGCGUUUUAAAAUAGCUAACGAAUAAUUUCAAUGAAUUAAUAAGUAGGGAAUAGUUAUUACGAUUUCUUGACUAGAGAUGCACAUAAUUAUUUGACAGGAUAAUCUUUGAAUAAUUAUAUUCGAGAAUGCCAAAAGGCAUGAAUGGAUAUGUUUCAGUAAAUGAUUUUAAACAAAUUGUGCUGUAAGCUUAUUAAACGUUGACAACUAAAAUUGCUCAAUCUUCUACUUUAAUGGAUCAAAAGCGAAAGUAAUAUUUCCUAUGUGAUGUAGCGAAUUGAAUUCAAUUUCAUAAAAAUUGAAACAAUUAGCGAAUACAGAGAGAUAUAAUAAUUACAAUAUUAGUUUACAAAGCACACUAACGAUUCAAAUAUUAGAUGGAAUAGUGUAGUUUCCUGGAAACUCUUUGGUAUUUAUCAAGAUAGGAUGUGAUGAAAUUAUUUAUCAAACCAAGUAUGCAAAUCGAAAUUCGCCUCAAUGGGGUGAUGCAUUUACCUUCCCCAUAAAAACUGGUUAAGAAGAGGUUUGGCUUGCAAUUUUGGAUGAAGAAUCAGCCUCAAAUAAAUAAAUAGGUGGGUAAGUUCAAUUGUAAUUGCAGCAAUUUUACGAUUAAAAAAUUCAUGAGGAGGAGCUGAGUUUAAUGGAUCAACAUAACAUUUCGAAGGCAGCAGUUGUGAAGGUUACAGUUCAAUGGAUACAUUCCUAAGUAUUGAAACAUUAGUAUUUAGACAAAAUAUUUGGAGUAGGAGAUCUUGGAGACUCAAUAGUAGAUGCAAGAACUUAAAUUCGAUAUUGAUGAGUAUAACAACGACAUUAAAGCGAUAUUCUAACCAUUUCAAUUAGAAAGUGCUGGAAAUCAAAUUGAGUAAUCAGAUUCGAUUUAGAAGCACUAAUAAAUUGCAAAUCAACUUUACUCGACUCAAUAAAACUAUUCUGUAGUGCCUCCUAAACAGAAUACUGAAAUCACUCCAAACUAAUGGUUAAGAAUAAGUUUGAUACUAACUCUUAUGUUUUUUGUAUCAGCUAUUGCGGAAUCGUUUAUAAGAACAUAAUAUUUGGAUGUAUUAAUCAGAUUCAAUAGAUUAGUUUCUAAUUUUAUUUUACAGUUUGUGGUUUUAUAUGAACAAUUCUGAAUUGCACUCUCUAUUACAUAUUAAAAUAAUGACAUUUAUGUACAUUUUGUCAAUUGUCUAUGAUGGCUUUUGGUUGUUUUUUUAUUUUAAACCUUACUUAAGAAACGAAGUCAAAUUCGAUCAUCAAGAGGACACAUUUCAUUAAUACACUGUAGUACUUUGCAUUUUGAUUCUCAUAGAAAAAGUAAGAAUGUCACAUCUAAAUCAUAGCUAUUUAUUAUACUCUCUUAUUUUAAUUUGUAUGUAAAAUGUCCGAAUGCAAGACAGAACAUUUUUGAUGAGUAAUAUGAGAUUUGUUUUGGAUCAUAUUACCAAUAGAAAAUGGCAGAAAGUCAGAAGCAAGCACAAUACUCGAGUAAGGUGAUAAGACAAGGCACUCCAAAUAUCAAGUAUAUCUAUCCUAUGCAACAAUAAUCCCAAAGUCAAAGAUAGCGCUAUUCUUUGAGAUAUGUUCAAUGAAC